AUGUCAGUGCCAAUUUCACAGAAGGGCCAGCAGGAUGAGUUCGUGGAGACUAUUGAGCCCGAAAUGUCACAGGCUGUGCCUCAUGACAAUAGCAAAGGAAGCCAGCCCAAAGGAGAUCAAGCUUUGCAGCUCAUCGAAGAGGCAGGCCACUCGAACAUUCUAACACCAGAGAACAACGCCAAAGUUCUUCGAAAGAUCGAUUUGCGUUUACUUCCCCUUCUCCUAGGAGUCUACUUCCUCCAGCAACUCGACAAGUCCACCAUCUCAUAUGCCUCGGUUUUUGGAAUCGUUGAGAAAGCCCAUCUCGUCGGCCAAGAGUACUCCUGGCUAGGAGGUUCGAUCUAUCUGGCUCAGCUGGUGUUCCAGCCCCUGGUCGCUUACCUUCUGGUUAAAGUGCCCAUAGGAAAAUUCCUGGCUGUGUCCUGCCUCCUAUGGGGUAUUGCUUUAACAUGCAUGACUGCAGCUACAAAUUUUAGACAGCUGCUUACUUGCCGAAUCUUCCUUGGUGUCUUUGAAGCUGGAAUUGCGCCGGCCUUCAUUGCAGUCACUCAAAUGUGGUACCGGCGUCGAGAGCAGCCCGUGAGAUUGAGUUCUUGGUAUGCGAUGAACGGUGUCGUGAAUAUGUUUGGAAGUUUGAUUGCCUUUGGACUAGGUCACAUCAGUUCUCCUAUAUUUGCACCCUACCAGAUUAUCUUUCUCUUCUUCGGUCUAGUUACUGUUGGGUUCUCUGCCGUUAUUCUUGUUUUCAUGCCCGAUUCCCCCGUGUCCGCCAAAUUCCUUAAAGAGGAGGACAAACUUCUGUCUAUCGAAAGACAGCGAAUGAAUCAACAAGGUGUUGAGAGCCAAGAAUGGAAAUGGGAUCACGCAAAAGAAGCAUGCCUCGACCCCAAAUCAUGGUUCUGGUUUGCGUUAAUGUUCUCGAUUUCUGUUCCGAGUGGCGGUAUUACUACUUUUGGGCCCUUGAUUAUCAAGUCAUUUGGCCUUAGUGAAUAUGAUACCAUGCUUUUCAACAUCCCAUUCGGUGCGGUUCAGCUUGUUGCCACCAUGACAGGAGCUUGGCUAGCGACCGUUUGGAAAAUGAAGGGUCCAGUCUUAGCAUUACUCUGUCUCCCACCCAUUGCAGGUUGUGUGAUGCUAUUACAGAUUGCGCAUGACGAUUCCCACAAGGGAGCUCUACUUGCAGGAUACUACAUUAUUUCUGUAUACCCAGCGAUCACCCCAUUGAUAUACUCCUGGUCUGCAGGAAACACAGCGGGAGAGACAAAAAAGAAGGUUACUACCUCUAUCCUGUAUAUCGGACAGUGCGCCGGUAAUGUCCUUGGACCGAACCUUUAUACCACAAACGAAGCACCGCUUUACCGUCGUGGUCUUCUUUCGAAUCUCGCAAUGUUUUGUGUCUUGAUGGGUCUGACCGGGACAAACAUGGCAUAUCUUUACUUCCUGAACAAGCAGCAUGAGAAGAGACGCGUGGCUCUCGGAAAGAGCGCCAAGAUUGUAGACCAGUCGAUGCAAACCGUUCAAGCUGCCUCGGACGAUGCCAAAGAAGAUGUACCUCAGCAAGCAGCAGAUGAUAAUGCCUGGAAAGAUCUGACUGAUUGGCAAAAUGAGGACUUUGUUUAUGUCUUCUAA